AUGUUUCUCGCCUUGGCUUUUGAUCUGAUUUCAGUUGAAAGUGGCCGGAUUGUGAUCACUGAUAUUCUUUGUAACAUGUUGAGAACGGUUAUCGCCACUACUCCGGAAGAUUUGCUCCCUACUCUUUAUCUUGCUUCGAAUGAGAUUGCCCCUGCUCAUGAAGGUGUAAAAUUGGGAAUUGGUAAGGGUUCCUCCAUUAUCAAGGCAAUCUCAGAGGCUUUUGGUAGAACUGAGGCGCAAGUUGUACAGCAGAAUACGGAACUGGGAGACUUGGGGCUUGUUGCCGAUACACUACGGCAAAUCGCAAAUGAAUCUGGAAAAGGUUGUAAGGAUAAGAAGAAGGAUCUAAUGAAGUCACUUCUUGUGGCAACAACAGAUUGUGAACCCCUUUACUUAACUCGUCUACUUCAGGAAAAUUUGCGGUUAGGGUUCUCACGUCAAACUGUUUUAGCUGCCUUGGGACAGGCCGCUGUAUAUAACGAAGAGCACUCUAAGCCACCCCGAAAUACGAAGAAUCCUUUAGAUGAGGCUGCAAAGAUUGUUAAAGAAGUAUUCUCUGUGUUUCCUGUCUAUGACAUUAUUGUUAGUGCUCUUCUAACUAGUGGUGUGUGGAAUCUUCCUAUGACUUGUACCUUUACACCGGGUAUUCCAGUUAGACCCAUGCUUGCAAAAGCAACUACAAGUGUAGAUCUGAUACUUAAGAAAUUCAGGGACACCGUUUUCACAUGCGAAUACAAAUAUGAUGGUGAACGUGCGCUGAUACAUUAUAUGGAGGAUGGUACAUUCGAGAUAUUCAGUAGACAUGCUGAACGGAACACUGGGAAGUACCCUGAUGUUGCGCUUGUGUUAUCAAGGUUAAAAAAGCCCUCUGUGAAAUCUUUUAUUCUGGAUUGCGAGGUUGUUGCCUUCUAUAGGGAGAAAAAUAAACUUCUACCACUCCAGACUUUGAGCACUCGAGCCCAUAAAAAUGUGAACGUCAGUAAUAUCAAGGUUGACGUAUGCAUCUUUGCUUUUGACGUGUUAUAUCUAAAUGGCCAACUACUUAUCCAAGAGAAUCUGAACAUUCGCCGAGAGAGGCUAUACGAAUCAUUUGAGGAAGAUCCUGGGUAUUUCCAGUUUGCAACUGCUCUAACAUCCAGCGAUAAUGGUGAAAUACAAGAGUUUCUUAACGCUUCUGUUGACAUUGGCUGUGAAGGUUUAAUGAUUAAAACAUUGUACUCGGAUGCCACCUAUGAGCCUGCAAAGCGAUCAAAUAAUUGGCUAAAACUGAAGAAGGAUUAUAUGGACAGCAGCAUUGGGGAUUCUGUGGAUCUUGUACCAAUCGCUGCUUUCCAUGGACGCUUCUUUGGUGCAUUUUUACUAGCGUGCUAUGAUGUUGAUAAGGAAGAAUUCCAGAGCAUUUGUAAUAUUGGUACUGGAUUCUCCGAUGUGGAUCUUCAAGAGCUGUCUUCCAGUCUUUGCUCUAAAGUGAUUGCUACUCCAAAACAAUACUACCGAGUUGAUGACGGUCUCAAUCCAGAUGUUUGGUUCGAGCCCACCGAGGUGUGGGAAGUGAAAGCAGCUGACUUGACAAUAAGCCCUGUGCAUCGUGCAGCUAUCGGAAUUGUAGACCCUGAUAAGGGAAUUUCUCUACGUUUUCCUCGUCUAGUCCGUGUGAGGAAAGACAAGAAGCCAGAGGAAGCAACAUCAUCUCACCAGAUUGCUGAAAUGUAUCAAGCGCAGAAACUCAAUCAAGCCAAAGGUGACGACCAUUGA